AUGAACUUGGUCCGCCUUUAUGCCAAGAUGGGACUUCAUAUGUACAAUCUUCUCCAGGGGACACACUUGAAGCUUCUUUUCGUAAAGAAAUACAACAAGUCCGAGAGUGCUCAUGAAGAAGAAUACCAGAGAUUCGAUUUGACAUGCAGUCUUGCUAGAUUUAAAGGGAAAACCAAUGGUGGUGAAAGUGAGGAAGAGGAAGUCUGCUAUUGGGGAAAAUACGAGGAAGACAACAUGUUGGGUGACAACGACCUCAGCGAAUUCAUGCCUGAGUUGCCCUUUGAGGAUCCUUUCAAGGAUGAUACAAACGGAUUUUACAUGGUAUAA